UGUUUCCAUCAUGGCGGCGUCAAUGUCGGGUUACACUUUUAGUUCUGUGUGUUAUCACAGCGCAAACAGCAAUUCCGACCAUGAGGGCUUCCUGUUGGGAGAAGUGAGACAGGAGGAGACUUUAAGCAUCAGUGACUCACACAUCAGUAGUUCAGAAUUCCUCAAUGUAAUAGAGGUCCAUAAUCAUAAACCUUGUGCGCAACUGUUUAGCUUUUAUGACUAUGCAGGUAAUGUCAAUGAAGAAAAUCUCAACAGUAUCCUCAAGGACAGAAGACAAAAUGUUAUCGGCUGGUACCGGUUUCGAAGGAACACCCAACAGCAGAUGUCAUUUAGAGAGCAAGUGAUCCACAAGCAGUUGACCCAUAUACUCGGCAUCCCCGAUCUCGUCUUCCUUCUCUUCAGCUUCAUCUCCACAGCCAAUAGUUCCACACAUGCUCUGGAAUAUGUACUCUUCAGACCCAACAGAAGCAGGUAUAAUCAGAGGAUAUCUCUAAGCAUCCCAAACUUGGGAAACACCAGUCAACAGGAAUAUAAAGUCUCUUCAGUGCCCAACACCUCCAAGAACUACGCUAGUGUCAUUAAAGAACAUGGGGCUGAGUUCUUCGAUAAGGAUGGCGUAAUGAAAGACAUUCGAACAAUUUUUCAGGUGUACAGUGCCCUACAAGAAAGAGUGCAGGCAGUCUGUUGGGAAGUUGAUGAAAGUGAACGAGUGAGGGAGAAAAUCCAAGAGGAAGUGAACAAACUCAAAGAGGAAAUCACUCUCAGGAAACAUAACACUGCUGAAGAAGAGAGAAGACUUCAAGAAGCAACCAACACGGCUGUCACACUUCCAGAUGACUCUGCGCUCUCCGACCCAUUACACUCUCCACUGAUGCAAGUUGUGCAUUCAGAUCCUUCAGUGGAGCCCAGUUUAGAGAGACCUGUAAACUCAUUGUCUCAACCACUUUACAGCACCACACUGCCUCCAGAUUCACCAAGCGCUAUCCUGCUGCCUCGACCCCAAGCCGUGGGCUCGCCCGGCCACCCGUCUCCCAGUCUGGGCUUGGGCAACGGAGAUGGCUCAAGCUCAGAUUCUUUGAACCGUCAAGCCACUGGCCAGGAAGACCAGGACGAUGAGGACAGUAGCGAGUAUGAAAAUGUAGUUAGCGAUCAAGUGCAGCCACCUUCCGUAACAGAAGCUGUUACAUUGGGACGGCCAGCUACCCUGUGGCCUGAUGGAGAUGCCCACAGCCCACCGGGCUCAUAGUGAUUAAACAGACAAAUAAACACACCUAGUUUGAUUUUGAGGAGAAGAAAGAGGUAGAUGGGUUUUGGGGCUGAUGUUCAGAAAACAAAGAAGCUCUUACUUUAUGACAAUGCUAUCCUAUUGUACACAUUUAAAGUGAUUGUUCACCCAAAGAUGAAAAUUCUGUCAUCAUUUAUUCCCCUUCAUGUUGUUCCAAACCCGUAUUACCUUCUUUCUUCCAUGGAACAAAAGGUAAGGGCCAAUAUUUUUUCCUAACUACUUUGUGUUUGAUGGAGGAAAGAAAGUAAUGCAGGUUUGGAACAACAUGGGUGAGCAAAUAAUGACAUGAUUUUCAUUUUUGGGUGAACUGUUCCUUUAAGGAAAAUUGCUAAGCUUUGUGCAGGGGAAUUCAUCAUUUUGAGAUUGCAAUGCAUUAGUGAUGGAACAAUAUCCCCAGCCAAAUGAACUAACGGACCCCUUCUCCGUUUCAUACUCUGGUUUUGUUGGGGUUGAGGUACAUCCUACUUACUGGUUAUAUCUUGGUGUCUGCUACAUACCCGCUGGGAUCAUUCAGUUCUUGCACCAUUUACCUCUUGCACUGUUUUGCCUUCUUUUGAUCUGCAUUUGAAUAGAACAACAAAGGGAAUUUUGUUUUUGCGGCCUUCAAACUCAUCUCUGUGUGAGCUCACUCCAUGACUGUUGUUCAUUGUCUCGCUUCACAAAUAUGACAGACAGGAAUAAAUUGCAGUUCGGACUGCACCUAUCGGACACUUGAUCUAGAACAGUUCUUGUUCUGGAAAAGUUAUUUUAUUUUAGUUCCGUUAUCUUCUGUUGAGUAAUAUAGUGGCCUAAUAAUGAAAACCAACAAACGGUCAGUGAUUAUAUAAGUUACUCCUUUGAUAAGUUACGUUUUGAUUUAAACAAACACUUUUUUUGUCCUAAUUAAUUAACCGAUAAUUGUAUUAUUUUCUGCUGCACUUCAAAGAAAUAUUUUUACCAUUGAGCUUUAACUGAAGUUACCAGUCACACAGUUUGACUGAGCCUUGUUUAUGUGGGCAGCCGAGCAGAACUCAAAACUGAAGGAGUUGAUGAUCAAACUAUGGUGUCAUCAAUCUCUGGAUUCUUUUACAGUACCAGGACUGUUUCUUUCUCUCCAUCUUAUCCUCAUGCAUUUGUUGCUUAGUUCACAAGAAAUGUUCUUUUGUUUUUAUUUUUCAAAACAAUGCAGUGGUGGUUCAGUUUAGCACUCUGUGAUCAUUUGAAGUAAAGAUUUCAGCCGUAUGCUGCAGAUGAAGAACUUUAAAUGUUGAUUAAGGUGACAAAGUAGCAGUUUUGGCCGUCUGUUGGUGUUUCAUAAUAUCUGAUUCAAAUUCAACUGAAGCUUUGUUUCCCCGUUUAGUUAAUUGUGGAUGAAUCUCACAAAAUGUCAUAGUCAUAUUUUACUAACAAAUCACAAGAAAACAAUUAUGUUUUGCACAAAGAAAAUAAAGACUAUUUUAAGAACCAUUGACACUUACCACUAAAGGAAUAUUCCGGGUUCAAUACAAGUUAAGCUCAGUCGACAGAAUUUACAGUGGAAGUCAAUGGGGCCAUUCCAUAUACGUUGAAAUACUGGUUUAAAAGUAAAGCCACAAGACAUAAACAAUAUGCUUGUCAACAUUAUUUUAGUGUGAUUAAAUCGCUUAACAUUUUUUGAGUACAAUUAUAACCAGUUUUACAACUUCAUUGCCAUGACGAUGUAAUGUCAACAAACCCAAAACUAAAAUGACUGGGAAAAGUAUGAUUUAAAUAACUUUACAACUCAAAUAAUACACGAGUUUUAACAGAAGUAUUCAUGUAAGUGCUUUUAUAAAGGUAUAAGCUUCAUAUUUCUGCAUUUAAACACUCCAAAUAUUGGCCCCAUUGACUUCCAUUGUAAGUCCCUCAUUGUAACCUCCAUUUUUGCUUUUUUAGGGAUGUCCAAAUAAUUUUUAGUGGUAAUCAGCAUUAUUCAACAAAUGUUGUCGACUGAGCUUAACUUGUACUGAACCCGGAAUAUUCCUUUAAGAACCCCUUGUAAAUUCAUAUUUCAGUAAUGCAUCUGAUCGUUUAACUUUUGUUUUGUAUACAUUAUGCUUGAUGGCUCUGAUUAUAAAUACUUUAUAAUAAUGAAAAAUAUCACAUUGCAGUAGUUUGAAUUUUGGGAGGAAAUAUGCUUAGUGAAUAAAGAUAAAUAGGCUUCAAAUAUAAUUUCAUAUUUUAUCUUUAGAUUUUAGGGUGAAAUAUGACCUUGAACAUUUUUUUGCAAGUUUUGUGAGAUUCAUUCAUGUAGUCCAUUGUAUGUUAUUUGGGCAAAAACUUGAAUCAGAUUAACGGUUUGUCUGUUUUUUUUUUUUUUGUUUUACCCAAAGAAUCCAAAAAUCUUAAUUCUAAAUCUAAUCUCAGGAUCUGACGCACUGACGUUUAUUUUGGUAGAGGCCGAGAAUGUCUAAUUUUUUGUUCAGUAUGUUUGUCCAGUUCUGCGUUUGACAGAACAGAAAAAAAAACACUGAAAAAAAACAGUUUGUUCCCUGGCAUGAGUGUCAAUGUGAGUGCACUGACAGAAAUGUUUUAGCUGUAUCAUGUUGCAUUGACUGCUUUAAACGUUUAGUCAUAGUUUUAGGCCUCAUACAGCGUCUUCACGUGUAAGGCCGAAAGCCAGCACCACCCAUGCUUUCAACAAGAAUCUGAAAGUUUCACUGUAAGUAUUAAACUGAACGAUGACAAUGCGGUGGAAAAAUGCCACAUCUGAACUUGACAUGUUUGGUCAGCUGGCAGCCAAUCCCUCAGAGCUUUAAAAGUGUGAUUUUUACCAUACACACAACACUUUGCUUAUGAGAACAUUUUGGAUAAUCCUAUAACUGCCACUUUAAAAUGUAAUAAUAAUAUGCGGUAUAAAUAUAAUAACAUGCGUUGACCUUUUUGUUUUUCCAACAAAUAUUUACUAUUUAUGAGCAAUCAGAAUGAUAUUGUCACAAUUCACAAAAACCCCUUGAGACUGUAGUCAAAAAUUCUAAAGGAUCCUAUGUAAUAUAAAAAAUCAAAAACUAUUACAGGGGGCCUAAUGUCCUUCUGAUGUUCUAUGGGGACAUAAUUCUACCUCAUAGUCCUUUUUGGAGUUGAGUUCUUUAAAAGAUCUAGUUGUUUUGUUUUAGGUUGGAAUUAAGAUAAUCCCAAUAGGAUGCUUUAGGAUUGGAUCCAAAUGACAGAUAAAACCACUCAUUUAAUCACUUAAUUCAGUGAUGAUGCUAAGAUUGCUGCCAUAUUGCCUUUUGCCCUCUCCCUGCAGAUGCUUUCAAAUCUGAUAUUGAAAUAAAUCUAAAUGUGGCAAUGUGCCAUUUUAAUGGGGAAAUUACAAUGAUGUGACUGUUUUUUUUUAUUUUCAGUUUAGUCAGCUGUGGGUCAGACAUGUCUGUUUCCCAGCAGCUGUGAGUGAUUAACAUUGUUCUCAUCAGAAUUAGAGUGAAGUCCCUCAGUGCAGGUCAUGUUUUACAAGUGCAAUGUGUGGUUGGCAGGCUGGUGCACUAGUGCAACAAGCACCUACAAGCAUCCACCUUCCCAUCCUACUUCUGUCAUAAAUAUGCCACCAUGUUUACAAAUAUAAACCAAAUUUCCAAUUCCGGUAGCAGUGCUUUAGCAAGCACGAGUUGUAUUUACAAUAUCCUUUGGUGUCAUUAAGGCCAAAUUCAUUAUUGGAA